CGUUAUAUAUAUAUAUAUAGUGGAGAUAGGUAUCUCUAAACGUGAACAAAGUGAGGCAAGGAGAUCGAAGAUGAAUGCAGGAAAAGUUUCAAAUGGGAGAGUCAGCUGCACAAGAUCCUGUUCAAAUAAAAAGAAGAAAAGCAGCAUACCUUCUCUUCCCGAUGAGAUUAUAUUCUGCAUUCUUGCUUGGCGUCCUGCUGAGAUUCUUUACAAUUCAAUAAGGUAUGUUUGUCGGCAGUGGUAUAACAUAAUCAAUGACCCAAUUUUCAUAAAGGAACAGCUCCUUCGUUGCACCACUGGCCUGUUCAUACAGCAGAAGCGUACUCCAUAUAGGGCCCAAUUUGUGGAUUUUGGGAAAAUGAAUGUCGCACUGACUGAGGUAAAUGUACCAUUUCCAAACACUGUUUUGGCUACUUGUGAUGGUCUAGUACUGUUCAGGGAUAAGCAAGAUACACUUCAUGUUGCAAAUCCUCUCACAAAGCAAAGCUUAAUUGUUCCGCCAUUUGAUUGCCACCCUUCAUAUGGCUUACCUUAUUUCUCAUUAGUAUAUGCUCGUUCAACGAUGGAAUGUAAAGUGCUGUGCAUCGAUAAACCCUAUGGGUGUGAUGUCUAUAAAUGCAUGAUGAUUACUCCGGGCAAAGAUCAUGCAUGGAAAUUGAUCAAUACUAACACAUUUUCUGAUCCUACUUGCCGUAUAUUUCAUCAUCCUCCUGUUUUUGUUGAAGGACUUCUUUAUUGGGGAAGCCGUUGCUUUCGUUGCGUUGUUGCUUGGGACAUAGAAUCUGAAAUGUUCUAUGAGUUUCCUAAGCCAGCAGUUCAGAGUAAACCUUGUAUUUUUCAUUUUGUACCAAUGGCAAAAUCCCUUUCUUGCCUGGUUUGGUCGAUUCUUCAAGCAUUAUUUGAUGUUUUUGUCUUGUCUGAUCCCAUGAGUGGUGAGUGGAGGAAGCUCUACAAAAUUGAAUUGGAUGUUCAAAAAUAUAGAUUGAAUGGCAUAUUGAACAAACCGGUCUCUUGGCCUGGCCAGAACUAUUUUGUACCAUUUGCUUGGGCGGACAAUGGUGAAGUGUUCUUGUGUCUCAGUGAAACACCAGGUCAUUAUGUUGCUCACUAUGUCAAGACUGGGGAGACCUUAAUAGUUGGAAGUUAUGAUGAGGAUGGCUGGCCUAGAUUCCGAAGUAAUUUUGCCUACAGCCUUGUCCUGUUGCCAUCAAGUCUUAGCAGUUUAUCAACCGGUAUUUGAUCAAUUCUGUUCUAUCUAUUGGUCUGUUUUAAUGUUUCUUAUGUUUAUGAACUCAAUUGCGUUUUGUUGUACUUUUGAGGUUAGUGCACUUGUUGAUUGUACAUUUUACUAUUUGUGGGUUUGAACUGAUCUUUGUAA